AUGUCGCAAUCGCCAUUUAAAUUCGCCAACUCGGAUGCCAAAGUGCCAGGCAAUGGCACCCCGCCCCCAGAAUUCACCAUCAAUGCCCCAGCCUCAACAGACAUUUGGGCCAAGCCACCCUCCACAACUCGCUUCUCAGCUCCGAUCUUAUACCAGUCGAUGCCACUUGAGUCAUUCAAGCGAGCCCGUGUGGCUAUUAACGCUCUCUGGGAGAAGAAAUACGACCAGGGUGGCUUGAUCAUUGUACUCAAUACUGCUGACGGUAAUUCGAAGUGGGUGAAGAGCGGCAUUGAACUCACCCACGGCCGACCUCACCUCAGCGCGGUCGCCAAGGACCAGUGGGCUGACUGGAGCUUGCUUCCGGUCCCUUCGGGUGGUGGUGCAGCGACCCUGGAGAUGGUUCGGGAAGAAGACAAUAGCCUAUGGAUUUAUCUGGUUGAGGGUGUACAGAAGUCGCCGAUCCGCGAAGUCACAUGGGUCUUUGAUCAGAAGGAUGUCAAGGAUAUUUGGAUUGGAGUCUAUGCUGCUCGGCCUUCGAGUGAAGGUGGUGAGUUGCCUGUCAACUUCGGCCAUUUGGUCAUAGACCAGGUGUAA